UUGGGCUACAACCGGUUUUCUACUGGCAAUCCUCUUGGAAAUCGAUGUCUUGUGUACCCUUGCCAUUUCAGCUUGUGAAUAUGCAUACUUCCGCAGUGGUGCAAGCCCAGUGGACGACACGCGCACAAAGCGGUCUCUGGCCUGCCAGGUUCUUUCUGAGACAGCUGGCCAGCAAUGUAUUUUGGCAGCCAAGAAUCCUUUCGCAUUGUACGAUUGCUUGGAUAGUGCGGAUCCCGCGUCCUUUUUCUGACUUUGGUAUGCCGGGGCUGUCAGUAUUCAUUCACCAAUUACCAUCACCUAGCCAAGGAUGGCCAUGUCACAUCCCUGAGCAGCAACCAAAAAUGGCACAGCAUUUGGAUGCUGAGCAUUUCCCACCAACCUCGCACCGGCAGUUUCAAAUCGCACUAUGCGAAUGGGUGUGAAUAUGUGUGCGAACGAAAACCUGCAUAGUACAGGCUUUUUCAUAGAAAUGCACCAGUCCGUGCCAGCAGUGUAUGGCCACUGCUUCCUCCGCUUGUCUUUCGUUCUAAAUUAUCCACAAAAAUAUCUCGUUUUAUGUGGUUGGCCAAGCAAUCCCAUGUGAACGGAGUGGACCAGCUUCGCAAACCGGAUUGCCUCUCGAUCGAGUCAUCUCCAGGCAGCGAUGAG